AUGGCCGACGCCGUUGAAGCUGCCAAGCGCGCUGCCGCAAAGACUGCGGUUGAAAACCACUACCCCAAGGAUGCGAAGUGGGUGGGCAUUGGCAGCGGCACCACCAUCGUCUACGUUGUCGAGGCCAUUAAGGGCCUUGGUGUCGACACCUCCGCCACCCGCUACGUGCCCACUGGCUACCAGUCCCGCCAACUGAUCCUUGGUGCGGGCCUGACCGCUGUGGAAUUUGAUGCCAUUCCCGAGGGCGUCGUGCUGGACGUCGCCUUCGACGGCGCGGACGAGGUGGACGAUGACCUCAACUGCAUCAAGGGCGGCGGCGCAUGCCUGUUCCAAGAGAAGCUUGUUGCCAUGCAGGCGAAGCAAUUUAUCUGUGUUGCCGACUCUCGCAAGCUCCAGUCCCGCCUCCUCACCAAUUGGAAGUACAUUCCGAUCGAGGUCGCUCCGAUGGCCGUCUACCGUGUCCAGCGCAAGCUCAAGGAACUCGGUGCCAUCGACCCAGUCGUCCGCCUCAACAAGGAAAUCAAGCAGGGCCCGCUCAAGACCGACCAGGACUUUUUCCUUAUCGACGCACCCUUCGCGCCCCUCCUGACCCAGGCCGACAUUGCCGCCGGCAAGGACGGCUCUGGCAAGAACGGCGUCUGGGAGGUAAACCAGCUGGCGCGGGAGAUCAAGCAGAUCGCCGGUGUGCUGGAGGUUGGCAUCUUCUCCGGCCUGACCGGUCCCCAGGCCACCGCGGCUGGCGGCGCUGGCGGCCAGCGACCCGUCGCGGCGUACUUCGGUAUGCCGGAUGGAUCCGUGCAGGUGCGCCACGCAUCCGCUUAA